AUGUCAUCCUUCAUUUGUAAUUCCAUUCAAGAAAAUCCUCCAAAUUCUUCUUCUCUCAUCAACAAUAAUACGAAACGCCUCAACGACAACCUUCCAUCGUGUCCCCUCGUUGAGAACGUCCAAUCAGAUCCACGACGAGCACUUCCCGAAGGUAUUGAAAUGGGAAAAGAAAGUAUGAGUGGAAAUUGUAAUAAGGAUUCCGAUGUCGAUGCGUUGAUUGGAUUCAAAGAAUCCGAUCCGAGAAAUUUUGAAAAUUCUGAAUGGAUGAGACAACCACAAGAAGAACGAACGACAAGAAUUUAG